AUGGCUGCGAUGCAAUAUCCAGCAGCAGCUAUGGCGAUGAUGCAACAACAACAAAUGAUGAUGUAUCCUCAUCAUCAAUACGCACCGUAUAAUCAAGCUUCUCAUUACCAACAACAUCCUCAGUUUCAAUACCCAUCUCCUGCUUAUCAACAACAACAGAAGAAUCAGAAUCAGCAUCAACGUGUUGGAUCUGGUGGUGAUGAUGUUAAGACUUUGUGGGUUGGUGAUCUUCUUCAUUGGAUGGAUGAGACUUAUCUCCAUACUUGUUUUUCUCACACCAAUGAGGUUUCUUCUGUGAAAGUUAUACGCAACAAGCAAACUUGUCAAUCAGAAGGGUAUGGAUUUGUCGAGUUUGUUACUCGUUCAGCAGCCGAGGAAGUUCUUCAGAGCUAUAGCGGUGUAACAAUGCCCAACGCAGACCAGCCUUUCCGUUUAAACUGGGCAUCUUUCAGUACCGGUGAAAAGAGAGCAUCGGAAAACGGUCCAGAUCUAUCGAUAUUUGUAGGAGAUUUGGCUCCUGAUGUGUCUGAUACUUUAUUGCUCGAGACUUUUGCUAGUAGAUAUCCAUCUGUCAAGAGCGCCAAAGUUGUGAUCGAUUCCAACACUGGUCGUUCCAAAGGUUAUGGUUUUGUUAGAUUUGGCGAUGAGAAUGAGCGAUCAAGGGCUAUGACAGAGAUGCAUGGUGCUUUCUGUUCAAGCAGGCAAAUGCGCGUCAAUAUUGCAACCCCGAAAAGAGCUGCUGCUUAUGGCCAACAAAAUGCUUCACAAGCUCUGACACUAGCUGGUGGACAUGGAGGAAAUGGUUCUAUGAGUAAUGGUUCACUGUCUGAUGGUGAAUCAAAUAAUGCAACAAUAUUUGUUGGCGGCCUUGACGCUGAUGUUACUGAAGAAGAUCUGAUGCAACCUUUUUCCCAGUUCGGGGAGGUUGUUUCGGUGAAGAUACCAGUAGGAAAAGGAUGCGGGUUUGUCCAAUAUGGUAACAGGCAGAGUGCUGAAGAUGCCAUCGAGAACUUGAACGGGACAGUCAUUGGGAAAAACACUGUCCGGCUUUCUUGGGGACGAAGCCCAAACAAACAGUGGAGAGGUGACUCAGGCCAGCAAUGGAACGGAGGAUACUCAAGAGGACAAGGUUACAACAACGGAUACGCUAAUCAGGACUCAAACAUGUAUGCUAAUGCAACGGCUGCUGUCCCGGGAACUUCUUGA